CUUUCCAACGAACCAAACCACCACGACUUUCUUGCUUUUUGAUUAUUGACAACGCAUUCGUCUCCAGCUCCUCACACCGCACUUUAAUCGGCACGACUUUGCAGAGAAACAAGAAACAGAGAUACAGGGCACGAGCGGUGAAAAGCGUUGAGCACUUCCCGCUUUCCCCGACGAUCGUUUAUCGCCAGCGCACGGCCUGCUUUUCGGCCUUUGCCCACCCGUCUCCAAACCUUUUGCACCCUCUACAUUUCACAACCCACCUAAACUCCACCCCACAGCUAUCACAGCUCAUCAGUCUAUACCAUCGGAUUCUCGGAUCUGAAUCACUACGACGCGUCACAUCGAAGCGACAACGAACAUCACCCGAACCCACACGACCGCGCACACGACCACACGAUGAAGUACUUCCAGCAGACAGUCGACUUCGACUACACAUGGGAAGAGGUCUCGACGAGCAACUGGCGCAAAUACGGUCCCUGGAACGAGAAGACACCCCACGUCAUCGCUGUCGACACAUUAAGCCGCUCCGUCGACCCAUCAACAGGAAUUCUCCGCACAGAACGUCUCAUCACAUGCCAGCAGUCGACACCCAAAUGGAUACAAACCAUACUCGGUGGCCAGGACACCUCCAUGGUCUACGAGACCUCCUACGUCGACCCCGUCGCCAAGAAGCUCACCCUCUGUUCCAUGAACAUGACAUGGUCUGAUCUCCUCAACGUGCGCGAAACCUGCAUAUACCAGCCCGUCGCUUCAUCACCCGAUAAGACUGCCUUCACCCAGCGCGCCGAGAUCACCGCGCUGUGCGGUGGUUGGCAGAAGAUCAAGAACAGCAUCGAGCAGUUUACCGUCGAGCGCUUCCAGCAGAACGCUGCUAAGGGCAAGGAGGGCUUUGAGAUGGUGCUUGAGCGUGCGCGUCAGGUAUUCCAGGAGCAAAGAGAGAUCCUUGCGCUGCAACAAGCGCAGCAGGACAGCCGGAUCCUUCGCCAGGCCAAGAUAUAAGGACAAAGAGCAACUUCUUUCAGUGUCCUUGCGUUGACAGUCCGACUCACAAGCUCUGCGAUUUUUCCGUUCAACAUCACUACAACGGUCUUUCGGUCCACUCCGCUCGAUCAAUUCCCAUCCAUCUCGACUCUUCCGUUACAACACCAUUCAAGCGUUCUUUCGUUCCUGGGUGGGAUCCUUCCUCUUUUUUUCUGCAAAAAGUGCACUUCAACGGCGUUAUCAAAAGCAUGGGAGCGGCGCAGAUACCCUUUUCACUGCAUAUUAGACGCCAUUAUGCAUUACAUACACGAUAGAGACGAACCAUA